GCUGCGAUCUGAGGAAGUAACCUUCCCCCUGGACGGAUCUUAACGCCAAUUUUGUGCGAAAGGAAGAUGUUUCGUUGACAUGUUUUGAAAGCCAAAUGAUACAGAAUAAGAUGGAUUUAUAUUUCACCUUUCUAUGGCUCAACUGUGGAACAGCGUUUCUGCUAAUCCCUCCAAUUACUACAGCGAGCAACCAAAUGCAAACACCACUGAUCUUCAUCAAUAACAUAUUCAUGGAGAACUUCAGCAUAGAAAAUCAUACAAUUCAGACUGAAAGCGUGCGGGACCCCUGGGAGUGUUUUCGUCACUGCGCCAAACACUGCGAUUGCAUUGCGUUUCAAGUCAGUGGAAAAAUGUGUGAGCUUCUGGACACGGACAUUGAUGGGGCCAUCGGGAAGCGGGUGAAAAGACCAGGAACUGUUUUGUAUCAUGUGCAGCAAAACGGCAUGAGGGAAAAUAGUAGAUGCCUGAAUGGCUGUUGUCGAUCAAACCCUUGCCUUAAUGGAGGCACAUGCACAGAGAAUUGCGAUGACGUCAAAGAAAAAUACAACUGCACAUGUCCACAGCAUUACCAGGGAAAGAGAUGCGAGAUAUUCCACCCAAGAGUCGAUUCAUGCCAAUCUUACUUGAAGCUGAAACCAGAGUCGAAGUCAGGCGUGUAUAAGCUUAAUGACACGAUUCAGAGUUAUUGUGAUUUUGACUCGGAACCCGGAAAAGUUUGGACUCUCAUCGAGUCAUUCUCUCUAGAAAAUAAGGCCAUUUACAAACGAAAACCUUUUUAUUUCAACGUUCCGCGAAACGAAACAAGAUUCAACUGGAAUGAUUAUCGAGUAUCUUACCAAGCAAUGGUCAACAUCCGGGACAACUCGACCCACUGGCGCGUGACAUGCAAUUUCCUGUCAGGCCUUAAUUUCACCGACUACGCACGAACGACUCUCCAAGAUACGGACAUCCUAACGUUUGUCAACCAAGAUAGCUGUCAGAAGUAUGAGUACAUUUCAGUUCGAGGAAGAAGUUGUACGAAUUGCACGGGGAUGCUUGUGCAGCGUGAUAACGAACAUAUGCAUACUGAUUCAUACUGGAGCAGAAGAAACGGUUGUUCUUGGGACCCAAGUACAGGUGCCCUGAUGGGCGAAGAUAAUUUUGGAUUUUAUGACCUUACCAAUCCUCAACAUAAGUGCACUGAAAAUUCUUUUUCCACCACGCAAUGGUGGCUUGGUGCUGAGUUCUAAAUCUGAGCCCACGCCACGAUGGUUAUAUAGACGUGCGUCAAGAGGACGAAAAACAACGCAGCGGUCAAACGUUUGGCAUGCGUAAUUGGAUCAACUCUGGCCAGUCCUAAGGCACCUUCUUUUUAACAUUUAAAUAAAAACUUUUAAAACAACUAAUGUCACUUUUAUCCUCCCCCCUCCAAAAAAAAGGCAUGCAUUUUUGCAGACAUUGACGUUGAAUCUUGUGGUUUUUUUUAACUUCUGUGAGACAACCUAGCUCUGAAAGCUUUCAGGCACGAUGUCUAGCCAACAAAUCGGACUGACCGUAAACUACUCACUUAGUGACU